GACACGUUUUGAGGUGGGUUAGCAGGUUUUACCGUAUAGCUUUAUGGUAGACUGACAUUGCUGUUCGAUUAAAUGAAAACGCUCUGCGCCAUGGCAGAUCAGUUAAGUCCGGAUGAGAAGUUCCACCUCAUCACUAGGAACCUCCAGGAGGUCCUUGGAGAGGAGAAGCUGAAGCAGAUUCUCCAGGAGAGAGAGCUGAAGGUGUACUGGGGCACAGCAACCACUGGCAAACCCCACGUAGCUUACUUUGUCCCCAUGUCCAAGAUAGCAGACUUCCUUAAGGCUGGAUGUGAGGUCACUAUUCUGUUUGCAGACUUGCAUGCCUUCCUAGACAACAUGAAGGCCCCCUGGGAGCUGCUGGAGCUCAGGGUGAAAUACUACGAACAGGUCAUCAAGGCCAUGUUGGAGAGCAUUGGUGUGCCCCUGGACAAACUCAAGUUUGUCAAAGGAACUGACUUCCAGCUCAGCAGAGAGUACACUCUGGAUGUGUACCGUCUGUCCUCCAUGGUGACCGAGCAUGAUGCUAAGAAGGCUGGAGCUGAGGUCGUCAAGCAGGUGGAGCACCCCCUGCUCAGUGGCCUGCUCUACCCUGGACUACAGGCUCUGGAUGAGGAGUACCUCAAGGUGGAUGCCCAGUUUGGAGGAGUUGACCAGAGGAAGAUUUUCACUCUGGCAGAGAAGUACUUGCCUACCCUUGGCUAUGCCAAGCGCUCCCAUCUAAUGAACCCGAUGGUGCCAGGACUGACGGGGGCCAAGAUGAGCUCCUCAGAGGAAGAGUCAAAGAUUGAUCUGCUGGACUCUGCCGGAGACGUGAAGAAGAAGCUGAAGAAGGCUUUCUGUGAGCCGGGCAACAUCCAGAACAAUGGAGUCCUCUCCUUUGUCAAACAUGUGGUCUUCCCUCUCCACGGAGAGUUCUGCGUCAAAAGAGACCCCAAGUGGGGUGGAGACAAAAUCUACACUGCGUUUGAAGAGUUGGAGAAGGACUUUGCUCAGGAGCUGGUCCAUCCAGGAGACCUCAAGGCCUCCGUGGAAGUAGCACUAAACCAACUGCUGGAGCCAAUCCGAAAGAAGUUUGAGUCGCCUGAGCUCCGCAAACUUUCCAACACUGCCUACCCCAACCCCUCGAAGACGAAAGGGGCUGCAAAGGGCGCCAAGGAAGGAGGAGGAGAGGAUGACGAGCUGGACCCCUCCAGAGUGGACAUCAGGGUGGGCAAGAUCAUCAGUGUGGAGAAGCAUCCAGACGCUGAUUCACUGUACCUGGAGAAGAUUGAUGUGGGGGAGCCGCAGCCAAGAACGGUAGUCAGCGGUCUGGUGGCCUACGUUUCCCAGGAGGACUUGCAGGACCGACUGGUGUUGGUGCUGUGCAAUCUGAAACCCCAGAAGAUGCGAGGGAUUGAGUCUCAAGCCAUGCUGCUGUGUGCCUCUAUUGAAGGGGAGCCCAGGAGGGUGGAGCCUCUGGACCCUCCAGAGGGGUCGUCGCCAGGAGAACGGGUCUUUGUCGAGGGAUACGAGACGGGCAAACCAGACGACAAACUCAACCCAAAGAAGAAGGUGUGGGAGAAAGUACAGGUCGACCUGAAGAUAUCGGGCGAGUGUGUAGCUCAGUGGAAAGACAAGCAGCUGAUGACGAAACUAGGACAGAUCACAUGUAAGACACUCAAAGGAGGCAACAUCAGUUAGGUACGUCACGUUCACCACUCAAGCUGCUCCUGCCGGCCACAGGAAAUCAAGAAUACCUUCAUCAACAAAUCGCCGGUCCCAACUUCAUCUGGAUGUUUUCUUGGCGAGUGAUGGGACAUUGAUGCCAAAAGUCUCAGAUGCUUUGGACUGGCUGGGACAAAUUCUUUUACCUUGCUUUUACUUUAUUAGAAAAUGUAAUUCCUAAAAGUGUACAACCAAAUUCUGUAACUAGUCAACCUAUGAUUCAUUACUGUCUCUUUUUUACAUAGUGUUGUAUGGUGUUUCUAACACACUUUAAACCUACAUAUACAAUACGACAGUUUCUGCAAAAGAGACCUUCUGCUACUCAGAUAAUGAAGGAUUACUUUAUUGAAUGUUGCUGUACUGGCUGCCUGUGCCUGGAAGUAGCUGAUAAGGGAUCUUAGAUUGUUUUUAAAAGGGCACUUAAAGGUGCUCCAAGCGAUGUCACGUUUUUUUUUGUUUUUUUUUUAGGCUACAACAUGUUUUGUGACAUAGAGCAAACAUCUCCUCACUGUCCGCUAGCUGCCGGUCCCCUGAACACACUGUAAAAAACGCGGCCUCUGUAGACAGCCCAGGCUCCACAAAAGGCAAUGAAAACAAACCGAGCCAACCUGCACCACCAAACAUAACAAACAGUGUUCCAGCCAAUUACUGACAACAAGGAGUUGGUUGAGCCAUCGCCACAGCAGCGUUAGCACGUAGGCUACUUCCACAAUGCCAGUUCACGACUGUUUCAGGAAGCAGAGAAGGGAGGGGACAGGAUGAGCUAGUCUCCGUUUUGUUUGACAAUACUUUGAACGUAUAUUACAAGAAGUAACGUCACUCAACAUCGCUUGGAGCACCUUUUAAUGUUUCAGUACUUGUCUGGGCCUUGAUGGUAAAUCACAGGGAAGUGUGGCCAAUCUGCCAAACCUAAUUAAACAUGUUUUUGGGGUUUGAGAUGUAAGAUUAUCUAUAAAUAAAUGCCAUAUAUGCCAUGUACUAUAAGACAUAGGACGGUUUGCAAUGGGGGUAGUGUACAGAAAUCAAUAUCCAGACAUUAACGGUCAUAUAAUGAAAUGAUGCAUCAUCUCUAACAUGAAAUAAACGCUGGCUGAAUUCUGUGGUCUGCAGAAAUUAA